AUGACGGAGGCGUGGCAGCAGCAGCAACAUGCAGUGGCUCCACCCUCUGUUGUGCACACGCUCCCCCAGGCAACCGACAACCCCCUGGGCUGCACUGUGUACGGAGUCGUCCUGCAGCCAGAUACCUCCCUGCAGCAGCCCCAGCAUGGCCAGCAGCACUCUGUUCAAGCCCAGCAGCCCUCCUUGCAGGUAGGGGGCGAGAGAGGGCACAAGUGUGGAGCGUGCGGUCAUGACAUCUCUCACCUGGCCAACCCUCAUGAGCACCAGUGCAUGGUGAGCCAGGACCGAUCCUUCCAGUGUACGCAGUGUAUGAAGAUCUUCAGCCAGGCGACGGACCUGCUGGAGCAUCAGUGUGUGCAGGUAGAGCAGAAGCCUUUUGUGUGCGGUGUGUGUAAGAUGGGCUUCUCGCUGCUCACCUCCUUGGCUCAGCAUCAUAACUCGCAUGGCAAUGGAAACAAUCCGAUGAAGUGCUCCAUCUGUGAGAAGACCUACCGGCCAGGGUCAGGAAACGCCACUCCAACCUCGUCAGCUGCCAACCCCCAGCAGCCCUCCACCGGUGAGACGUCUGGUGGCGGCGCAGCAAUUAGUGCCUCGUCUCCUCCUGCAUUUGAGGCCUCAGCACCAGACAGGCCAUAUAAGUGCUCAGUGUGCCAUAAGUCCUUCCGGCAUUUAUCAGAGCUGACCCGCCACGAGAGAGUACACACUGGUGAAAAGCCAUAUAAAUGUGACACAUGCGAUAAAAGCUUCAGCCAGUCUUCACAUCUGGCACACCACCAGCGUACACACAGCUCUGAGCGGCCGUACAAAUGUGCUGUGUGUGAGAAGAGCUUUAAGCACCGCUCUCACCUUGUGCGGCACAUGUACGCUCAUUCGGGCGAGCACCUUUUCAAGUGCAAUUUGUGUGAAAUGCACUUUAAGGAGUCGUCUGAACUCCUGCACCAUCAAUGCCAGCCAGAGGGGGAGAGGCCUUUCCGCUGCGGUUCAUGUGGAAAGAGCUUCAAGCGCCCAUCUGACCUCCGGCAGCAUGAACGCACCCACUCAGAGGAGCGACCUUUCCAGUGCGAGGAGUGCCAGAUGAGCUUCAAACAGCAGUACGCUCUUGUACGCCACCGUCGCACUCACAAAAAUCCAGCUGAUCGUCCUUUCAAGUGCAACCUCUGCGACAAGGGAUUCCUUCAGCCAUCCCACUUGCUUUACCACCAGCAGGUUCACGGUAUGGAAAGUCUGUUCAAAUGUGCAUCCUGCCAGAAGUCUUUUAGCCAAUCAGGAGAACUGCUGCGGCACAAAUGUGGUGGUGAAGUGGAGAAGCCCUACAAGUGCGACGUGUGUGGCAAAGGUUACAAAAAGAAUUCAACGCUGCAGCGCCACCAGAACUCUCACUGCACUGAGAAGCCGCUGAAAUGCUCCCUGUGUGACAAGCGCUUUGUGUCGUCCUCCGAGUUCGUUCAGCACCGCUGUGACCCAACCCGAGAGAAGCCACUGAAAUGUCCCGACUGUGAAAAGCGCUUCAGGUACUCAUCUGAGCUGCAGCGCCAUCGUCGAGUUCACACCGGGGAGAAACCAUUCAAGUGUGCCAGCUGUGACAAGAGUUUCAAACAGCGCGAGCACCUGGCCAAGCACCAGAGCGUGCACUCACGGGAGACACAGUUUAAGUGUGUGUGGUGCGGGGAGCGUUUCGUUGACCUCACAGCUUUGCAGGAGCACACAGUCCAGCACACUGCAGAGGGUGAGAGUUUCCCUGAAGCUCCCUGCAUCCCAUGAACAGCACUGCUCUUCAGUCCAGGGCAACAAACGUAACAUUUGCCCACAAAGCAAUGUGUGCCAGCCUCCGCUCUCCCAUUUGUAGUUUAUAUUAUGCACCCUUUAAUUAUGUUUAAUGAUUUUUAGUAUCUGUAAGACUCAACUCAUCCUCAUCCUUCUUCACUGAGUAAAAGGCAAAACACCCUAAAUCAGCAGAGGGUAUAGAACCCCUCUUCUAAUUUUGGAACACAUGGGGAAAAAACAGAAUGAAAAAGGCUUGUGAUGUAAAAUGUGGGAAGAUCUUGGUUUUGUUUAGUACUGAGUGUGGGACCUUAUUCUGUGAUUGCAUGUGAUCGUCUGUUUUGUAGCUUGAUUCUGUUGUUGAGAAAGACGGCAAGAACUUCCAGGCAGUUGCCAGACACAUAUGUUUGCUCAUGUUAAGCUCCUUUCAAAUCCAUGUGCCUUUUUUAAACCAAUCACUCCUUUUUUUUUUUUUUGGUUAAUUUCAUGUCGAGUAUAAACUGAAAACCCUCCCAUCCGUAUUCAACGGCUGGCUUGUGCAGCAGUAUAUUUUCACAUACUAGAUCUUAGAUAGUAUCAUUUGUCUGUGCAUGAAUAUUUAUCACACUUUAAUAUCACUGUUGUAUUAUAGGUUUGGUUUAAUUAGGAAAAACAUCCUAAGAAGAAGAAAAAACAAGUGGAUUUGUGAAAAUGUAUAGCCUGUGUCCUAUGAAUUCUGUGUUGUUGCAUCUUUGUAUUAAAACAAAUGACAUCUAGGUAACUAACCCAUACCUAUCAUGUCAUACAAACACUUGACAUGUGCAAUAGAACAUGCACAAUGUAAUAUUUAUGACUACUGAUUCAUGGCAUAGUCUACUCUGUUAUAUUAUAGAUUGUGUGUAUACGCUUAUGUAAACAUUGAAAACUGUAUAGUGCUUAUGUUACAUGCUUUUGUAUUCACUAUGAAUGAGCUUGCUGUAUUUUUGCAAGCAGUUUAGUUUCUGUUCCAGAUGGAUUGUCACAAGGUUUAACCUGACAAGACUUCAAAGAAUUAUAUCGCUCACUUGCCACAAACUUAGCUGCAUUAGUUACUGUGCGAUAGAUCUAACAAAAGUAAUGUUUUUUUUAUUAUUAUUAUUUUGAAGAAUUGGCCUUGUAAUAUCCUCACAGGAUUCUAGCCUCCUCUUGGUCCAGACCAGACGUUCAGCAGAUUAAUCCAAGUAGCCUCAAAGUUACGACUUAACAGUGUGUGUUGGUUUAUACCGGGGAUAAAGUUUAAAAAUGUGUGUACUUUAGUUUACCGUGUGGAUUUCUAUAUUCUGUACAAUCUUUGCAGUAUAUUUAAAAGAAGGUUUUUGGAGUUUAAAAGUCAUGGACAAAGGGAAUAAUAGUGGGGGAGGGGAGGGGGGAUCUAUGGGGACUGUGUGCCAUGGUUUAAGUCCUGGUCUGCUUCAAAAAUCUCCGUUGGGAGAAUGAACGAGUGUAAUGAAGCGUUGGGUUUACACAUAUGGUCAUCAAUAUAGACUCCUGUUCAUAUUGUAUACAGACAAUUAAAAUAAACCACCCUUAAGAAAUUAAAGUGUUACAUUGUUUUCAUCACAGCUGUUUCCAUUACCAUGUGUGUUUUGUCUGUUGAUUAAAAUCAGAGAAUUAUUUUCA